UGUCAGAGUGUACGAAAAAGCGCGGUCAUGCUAGACGGAGAACUGUCUAAAUUCUUCGGCAUUGAGCGGGGGGUCCCACAAGGUUGCACGCUGUCCCCAACAUUGUUCCAGGUGUUCAUCAACGAUCUGUUGGAAGUCGUAGAGGCAGUCCGGAAGGGAGUAAAAGGGCCAGAGGGGCAGACGACAGAGUCCAAUGUUGGGAGGAAAAAAAAAAAAAGACGGAAGUGGGGGAUCGAGGAGAUUGAAGUAGUGGACCAUUACACAUACGUCGGAGUAGAGAUCGCAAAAUACUGCUCGUGGAAUGCACACGUGUCCAAGGUAGCGGAAAAGGGCAAAGCACGAGCAGGGAAGCUGCACCCAAUGCUCGUAAACCGGCACCAUGAUACACGCAUCAAAUUGACGGUUUUGAAGAGCGUAAUCGUACCGCCGCUAGAGUACGCCGGAGAAGUAUGGGAAGGAAAUAAGAAGGUAGUGAAAGAACUCGAGGCGGCGCAGAUGAAAGCAGCGAAAACCAUCCUAGGAUGCUCCAGGCGCACAAGUAAUGCAGCCGUGAGGGCAGAAUUGGGGAUCCAAUCCCUACGGUCGGGAAGAGACGCGAGGAAGCUGACCUGGCAGUAUCGCAUGUGCGGGAUGGGAGAGGAGAGGUUGCCGAGAAUUGUAUGGGAGGCGAAGUGGGCAAACAAAAAGAGGGGUAGACAACCCACGGAAUGGGUCAAGGUUGUAGAGGACGUAUGGAAGGGGCUCGACAUCGACGAAGAUGAAACGCUGGAAACGGAGGGUCUACAGGGGUUCAAGGAGAAGAUAUCUGUUGCUUGUGCCGAGAGAGAAGAACAGAAUCUGAGGAAAGAAUCCAAGGAUAAGGAGGGUCUAGAAGUGUACGGAAUGUUGAAGGAAGGAAUGGGGUUCAAGUAUUACCAACAUGAACCAAUGGAUGCAGGGACAAAGCUUAAGGCCAAAUUCAGGACCGAGGACAUAGGCCUUCGGGAACGUCGACGAAAACAUAGGACUGUAGACGACGAAGACGACGAGUUCAAAUGUGAUUGCGGCUUCGAAUGCGAAGACCGUGUUCAUGUAGUCGCGGAAUGUCCGUGCUACAAGAAGGAGAGGGAAGUGUACGUGACUGAGCUGUGAAAAAUCGAUGGGAC